AUGUGUGGAACAAACAAUCUGCCAAAUGAAGGUGGAGGAAGUGUCAACCAGCUAGGAGGGAUGUUUCUCAACGGCAGACCUCUCCCAGAGUCCAAGAGGAGGAAGAUGAUUGAACUGGCCUCGGAGGGAGUCCGGCCGAGCCAGAUCUCCAGGAUCCUUCGGGUGUCCAGCGGAUGCGUCAGUAAGAUCCUGAGUCGCUUCCACCGCACUGGACUCCUGGAGCCCAAAACCAUCGGAGGCAGCCGACCUCGUCUUCUCACCCCGGGUGUCAUCUCCACAAUCAUCCAGUGCAAGAAGGAAAAUCCAACCAUUUUUGCUUGGGAAAUUCGAAAACGUCUAGCAGCAGCAGCACGGAUAUGCAAAGUCUCCAAAAUCCCCAGCGUGUCGUCCAUAAAUCGGAUUCUCAGGAAGAUUCACUUGGACCACGGGCCGAUGUGCAUGGAGAUCAAUGCGCACAGCAGGAUGGAGCAGGAUUUUGAAUCACUGAUUCCAGAAGAAGUGAUUGAGAGAAAGAUGUCUGAGACAGUGUGUAGUAAUGACCAGAGGCCUAAAGGCGCCCAUCACCGAAACCGCACCACCUUCACCCAGGAGCAGAGCACAGCACUGGAGCAAGAAUUCUCUCACAGCAAGUAUGCAGAUAUGUACACGAGAGAGAAACUGUCAGCUGAGAUCAAACUUCCCGAGGACACCAUCAAGGUCUGGUUUUCAAACAGACGGGCUAAAUUGAAGGAAGCCAAACACAAGAGUGGCACACAGAGUAAGCGUGUGGGAUUUCACAAAAAUAUAAUUAAAAAAAACUAAUUUUGAAGAACUCUUUGAAGUUUGACAAAGAAAACUAAUUAUUGAAUCCCUUCGAUGUGAUAUCCAGGUAUGAACCAUUCUGAACAUCUGGCAUCCAUCUCAGUCCAACCCUCGUUCCUCCAUCAGCCUCAUAACAUUCUGGCCCAGACCAUGACAGACAAGACUCCACUGGAUCACCACAGAGAUAGAUUCACUUUCCCUUUGGUUCACCAUCACACAGACACGAGGACUUCCUUCCCUUUGGUAACUGAGACAACAGGAACCGAGCGUCCUGUGACUCAGUGCUGGAACCAGCAGGGGAUUUCUUUUACCUGGAGCCAGACUCAAACCGAUGACAGGUUUGUUUUUGCGCAGCAGCCCUGGGAUGCGAGUCCACAUCGCUACCUGGACUAA